ACGCGCUGGAUAUCCACAAUUUCUGCAGUUGACCAUUCUGAGGACUACGUUCAAAACCGAUUUUGGGAACAGAUAAAGUCAUCGUUUGUGUUUAUGUGGUGAAAGGGUUCGAGAAAUGGUAAAAAUGUAUCGCAAAAGUCAGUCAGCAAAUACUUCAGCAUGUGUCUGCCUCAUGAUUCUCAUUCUGGUGUCCAUCGCAAUUGAUGACGCUGCAGCCAGACGUGGUCGUGCCAGAGGUCGUACCAAAUCCAGGAUGCAAAUUGGUCUCCCAAUAACUGGCAAAUACCGUGAUCCAGAGUCAGAUCAGUACUACAACAACAACAAUGGCGCAAAAAUUACCCUCGCCUCACACUUCGACUAUGAAUACGUACUUGGGCACAAAAUUGCUUUUCUAUGCGUAGCACGUGGUACACCGCGGCCAACGAUAACCUGGUUCAAGGAUGGCGUCGAGAUUUUCAGCCACCUGUACCUGCAUGUCCACGAGUGGAACAUUGGAAAGGACAAGGUAAAAUCGAAGAUUGAAAUCGAUCCGGCCACCCAGAUGGACGCUGGUGUGUACGAGUGUACAGCCGAUAACAUGUACUCGAUCGAUCGGCGAAGUUUUAAGACCGAUUUUUCUAUCGCUUUCGAUUAGAUUACUACCCAUUGGCACCUUUAUUAUCCUUCAUAGUGACCGUUUGAGUUUCACGUGAUGUAUGAUUUUUUUUAUCAUACUUUUAUGCGUGGGAACAAGUAAAGUUAACAAUUUCGGCUGAUUGUAGAAUAAAUAAUACCCUAAAUCGUGUAUA